AUGGCAGCCCGCACCUUCACACAGCCCUCUUCUCUAAACGAGUCCUUGGCUGUCUCCACCAUGUCCGCCACACAAGAGAAUGGCACCGGCCGGUCCAUGGAAGCCGCCAAAGACGCCCAGCAAGCCUUCUCGUCUGAAGAAAAGGCACCCUUGGCCAACUCCACAAACCCAAAUUCCAAGCCAGGCAUCACCUUUGCUUCUCAGGACAAGCUCCCAAAGCUGCCAAUCCCAGACCUUGACGCCUCGUGCACCAAGUAUCUGGCCGCUCUGAAACCGCUCCAGACGCCCAAAGAACACAGCGACAGCCAGCAUGCCGUGGAAGACUUCCUCAAGUCCGACGGCGCUGCGCUGCAGGAGAAGCUGAAGAAGUACGCCAGUGGCAAGGCAAACUACAUUGAGCAGUUUUGGUACGAUUCCUACCUCAACUUCGACAACCCGGUCGUGCUGAACCUCAACCCCUUCUUCCUGCUCGAGGACGACCCAACACCCGCUCGCAACAACCAAGUCACGCGUGCAGCCUCGCUAGUUGUCUCAGCGCUAUCGUUCGUCCGAGCAGUACGUCUGGAAGAGUUGCCGCCCGACACGAUCCGUGGCCAGCCGCUAUGCAUGUACCAGUACUCAAGGCUGUUCGGGACGGCGAGAAUUCCCACCGAGAACGGGUGUCAAAUUGGACAAGAUCCGACAUCGAAACACAUUGUCGUCAUGUGCCACGGCCAGUUCUACUGGUUCGACGUCCUGGACGACAACCACGACCUGAUCAUGACAGAAAAGGACAUCUCUCUCAACCUGCAGUCUAUUGUGGAAGAUUCGCAAGAAGUCCCCAUUCAGGAAGCUGCAAAGGGAGCACUAGGCGUGCUGAGUACAGAAAACCGCAAGGUCUGGUCUGGUCUGCGAGAUGUGCUGCAUCGAGAGGAGGGCUCGAACAACUCGGACAGUCUGAACAUCGUAGACUCGGCACUAUUCAUCCUGUGUCUGGACUACACAGAACCGCAGAGCGGUGCAGACUUGUGCAUGAACAUGCUUUGCGGUACCAGCAAGGUCGAGAAAGGCGUACAGGUUGGCACAUGUACAAACCGAUGGUACGACAAGAUGCAGAUCAUCGUCUGCAAGAACGGAAGCGCCGGUAUCAACUUUGAGCACACCGGUGUUGACGGCCAUACUGUCCUCCGCUUUGCCUCGGAUGUCUACACAGACACCAUCCUGCGGUUUGCAAGGACGAUCAACGGCAGCGCCCCAAGCCUGUGGGCGACCCAAAGCCCUGACCCUGCAAAGCGAGACCCGGAGAGUUUUGGAGACGUUCAGACCACGCCUCACAAGCUAGAGUGGGACAUGGUGCCGGAGCUGAGCACAGCGCUUCGCUUUGCCGAGACGCGACUGGCAGACCUGAUUCAGCAGAACGAGUUUGCGACACUGGAGUUCCCGCACUACGGCAAGAACUUCAUGACGUCGAUGGGCUUCUCGCCUGAUGCCUUUGUGCAGAUGGCCUUCCAGGCUGCCUACUACGGACUCUACGGCAGGAUAGAGUGUGUGUAUGAACCAGCAAUGACGAAGAUGUUCUACCACGGGCGCACGGAAGCCAUCCGGUCAGUCACGGAAGAGUCUGUGGACUUUUUGAACACCUUCUGGGGCGAGAACCCAGCAGCCACCAAGAUCGAGGCACUGCGCAAAGCAUGCCAGAAGCACACGGAGAAUACCAAAGUCUGUGCCAAAGCUCAAGGCCCGGAUCGCCACAUGUACGCUCUGUACUGCAUCUGGCAGCGCGCUAUUGACGACGACGGUGCCGAAGCAGCAAGCAGCGACGGCUGGGACUCGACACGCCCAUCGAGCCCUGAAGGUGUCGCCUCACCCAACCGUAACUCGGUCCUGUCUGAGAACGGCAGCAUCUCCAGCUCACCACCUGCACCAGUCCAGCACUCGAUGCCUGCACUCUUUGCUGACGGCGGCUGGGACAAGAUCAACACCACCAUCCUCUCCACGUCCAACUGCGGCAACCCGUCGCUCCGCCAAUUCGGCUUUGGCCCGACGUCCGCCGACGGAUUCGGCAUUGGCUACAUCAUCAAAGACGGCUCGAUUUCCAUCUGCGCGUCGUCCAAGCAUCGCCAGACCUCGCGCUACAUCGAGGCGCUCGAGAGCUACUUCCUGGAAGUGCGCAAACUCCUCCGGCAGAUCAAGCGCCGCGGCACCAGCACCGACAAAACCGCGUCGCGCGCCCGCGAAGCAGAAGCCCGACCCGCGGCCGCCCGCUUCAAGAGCCGGGGCCGCAACAUCCUGCUCGAGGCGGGCAAGACGCAGACGCCCGCGGAAAGCGUCGCCGACGACGAAGACGACGACGGCCUCGGUGGAUGUAGGCCUCCCCUUCCCCCUUCCCCUCCCGCGCUCGACCUGGACGCCGGGUCGAGCCUCCCCACCUCCCCUUUUGUGUCGCUGCCCCCUACGCCCCCGCACUCGCCCCCGUUCAGGCCCCUCACGGCUGUCUUCGUCAGCUCGCCCCGCUCCGCCACAGCUCCUACUGUGCUCAAGACGCGGUCGACGCGCGCCCCCAGCACGACAGUCAAGAGGCCCAUGUUUUAUGCGUCGUGA